AUGAGCUCCGAAGCAGAGACGCCUGAUGCCGUCGACGGCCUUGAUCAGCAUGAAGACGACCAGCCUGAAACCGACGACGAAGCUAUGAACGACACUACCAUGCACGAUGAUGAAGAAGGAGAAGGUUCACGCGCAUUCCAACCCAAUGGCAAACCCUACGCUGUCCCCGACGAAGCUACAGACUACAGUGUCUUCUCCAAUCCCCCAGACUUGCUUGCGAUGCGCCAUCGCAUCUUUGCAGUCGAAGAGCCUAUCGAGCUCAGCGCCGCCGAUUUUGACAAUUACUUCCUCUUUGUCGACAACAUUUGGCGCAAAAUGCGCACUACCGAUCCUCAACCCGAAGGCAGCGUUCGCAUUGACUACUAUGCCUGCAGACUGCGACGCGGUGCGACUCAGAAAAGCCACGUUCCGCGCCCGACACCCGAAGGCAAACAAUCCCGCAAAAAGCGAGUCAAGGAGGAAAAGACUUGUGGCAUGACCAUGAAAGUCGUCUAUAAUCCAGGUUCGCCAGAGACCUGCACUGUUUCUCGGGCCGUCGACAAUUUCCAAAAGCAUUCCCAUGACCUCGACUACAUCGAUGCCACCAAACGCAACACCGGCGUCAUGGACACGGCGCGCAGAGAAGCCACCAAAGGCUUCCUACCGGCGUCUAUAUUCUGGAAGAUGUGGGAGGAACCAACCAAAAUGGAGGCUGCGGGUGGGAAGUUCAUGAAGGUCUCGGAUGUGCGUAAUGUCCAAUACGCAUGGCGACAAGAAAACCAGCAGAUGGUUCUGAAAGCCCAUACUGGAUUCAAUGCCACUCGUGCCCCUCGACAGCGCCAGCAAACCCCGACCAAACCCUUUCCAGCCUCCAUGCAGCCCGGCGUCUUUGGUCGUCUGGAACCUUCCAAGCCCGACGUCCCACCUCCGCGUCAACCAGUGCUCAUGGACACCCUACAGUAUCCUGACCACGCCAGAGCAUUCCUCGAGCCCUAUAUUCCAAAUCCCAACCUUACUGCGACACGCACCCGUCCUCAUGUCACUCUAACAUGGGCCAGCAGCCUUGACAGCCGCAUAUCAUUGCUCCCUGGGUUGCAGACCAUCAUAUCCGGACCCGAAACAAAAGCCAUGACCCAUUAUCUCCGAAGUCGGCACGAUGCAAUAUUGAUCGGUGUUUCUACUGCCAUUGCAGAUGACCCUGCCCUAAAUUGCCGGCUAGCUGUUCCGCCACCGUACGGUGGACUGGGUUGGGAAAACCAACCACGACCAAUUAUCAUUGACCCUCAUGCAAGACUUCAUAUUCGACCAGAAAUGAAAGUGCUCAAAAACGCGACCGAGGGAAAGGGGAAAGCACCCUGGAUUGUGGUGGCCCCUGGCGCGAUGUUGCACCCUCAAGCGGUGACUACUCUCAAAGCACAUGGUGGAGAGUACCUCAUGAUCAAUGAUUAUCAUCCUCAAACCGGAGGAUUGAAUUGGGAAGGCAUCUUCAAUGUGCUCCUCCGCGAAGGAAUCAAGAGUAUUAUGAUUGAAGGGGGUGGAGUGGUUAUUUCUGAGCUUCUAAAACUUAAUUACGCCCACCUGAUCGAUUCCGUGGUUUUGACCAUUGCGCCCGCCUUCUUCGGCAAAGCCGGGGUUCCUGUUUCUCCGGAUCCAACUUUCGACCCCACUGGUAAACCUCUUGCUACCCGGCUAAAGGACACCCGUUGGCAGCCGAUGGGAGAAGUGGAUGUUGUCUUGUGUGCUCACAUGGCACAGGAUCGUCCCAUCAAUGGCAUCCUGCCCGGUAUCGAAGAGUUUUCUCAAACGGCGCCGGGUCCAGAACCGCAGCGUACACCGUUCAAACAACCCUUGCCUCCACAUCAAGACGGCGUGUCACCUGCGCAGCCACCAGGUCAACCACAGCAUCGUCCUCGGGGGAAAGCUCAAGGCCAAUCUCAAACACCACCUCAAGCUCAAGCUCAAGCAUCAUCACAGGUGCCGAACCAAUCUCAACCAACCGGCCAACCCCAGCCCGAGCCGCAGCAAGCUCCUACUGCACCGAGCUGA